ACAUAGCGUGCGCACCAGGCGCAAUUUAUAAAAUCCAGGAAAGUGUGAUUUUUACCUAUCUCCUCCUCCAUCUUUCUCGAAGCUCUACUGUACAAACCUUCCACCUCCCUGCUCAAAUACGCGCGCGCGCAUAUAUAUAUAUAUAUAUAUACAGUUGCAGUUUGUCGAAUGUUGCCUAUAAAUCCAAGCUCAAUCUUCUCCCCGUCAAAAUCCACAUUCCUCUCUCUCCCCUCUCUCUCUCUUCCCUCUUCCGCCGCCGCCACCACCACCACCACCACCACCGUCCGCUGCCGCGCAGCCGACUCCCCGGCGGGCCCCUCAUUUCCACGGUGGUUAUUCAAUUUCCCGGCCUCCAUUGAUGUCUCUACUAGUAUCCCCAAAAUUAGCCCCGACUCCGACUCUGUCAUUGUGGAGAGGCGAGUCGCGAGUAACAAGAAUAACACCAAGGUCAAUGCGAAGGAGAAGCGUUGGUCGCGUGAUAGAGAGAGCUACUUGGCCGACGAUGGCGAUGCUCUCCCUCUUCCCAUGACCUAUCCCGACUCCUCGCCGGUUUCGCCUGACGAAAUUGAUCGUCGACUCCGCUGCGAUCCCCAAUUCGAGGAUUGUAAGGAAGUGGUAUAUGAAUGGACUGGAAAGUGUCGGAGUUGUCAAGGGUCAGGUUUUGUCAGUUAUUAUAAUAAAAGAGGGAAGGAGAUUACCUGCAAAUGCAUACCUUGCCAAGGAAUUGGAUAUCAAGGCAUCUGGAUCUACCAAUCCAAGAAUAAGGCCCUGUGCUGUCUCCGCUCUCAUUCUCACGAAGCUCUUGCUCCCAUUGGUCAACACAACAUCAGGAAAAUGUCAAAAGCAAGUUUUCUUGACUUCCAAUACAACCUUUCGAAAAGGAAGUUCUUGCGGACACCGACCCGAAUGUUUUCCUUCGGGGACAGACAAAACAGCAGCUUGUUACCAGGCUACAUGCCAAAUCCGGAUGAGCUGAAGUGGGUGUUUGACAAAUUUGAUUCCAACAAAGAUGGGAAGAUCUCUCCAGACGAAUACAAGGCGAUACUGAGAGUGCUCGGGAAGGAAAACAUGAUCAAAGAGGUACCCAAGAUAUUCGAGGUUGUUGAUUUGGAUGGCGAUGGAUUUAUUGAUUUUAGCGAGUUUGUGGAGCUGCACAAGAGGGAAGGCGGGGUGAAGACGACGGAGAUACAGUGUGCGUUUCGGACAUUUGAUUUGGACGGGGAUGGGAAAAUAAGUGCGGAAGAAGUGUUCGAGUUAUUGAAGAGGCUGGGAGAGAAGUGCAGCUUGCAAGAUUGUCGGAGAAUGGUGAGAGCAGUGGAUGCGAACGGGGAUGGUGUGAUCGACAUGGAUGAGUUCAUCACCAUGAUGACUCGCACCAUGAAGCUUUGUUAGGCCUGUUUGGUUUAUAACAACCUAAUAUUGCUAAUAAGGUGAUCAAAACCCCCACUGUGAUUGCAGUGUAUUAUAAUUAUUAAGAAUAUAAUAUUAUUCCGGUGCCAUUCAAGCAUUCUUCGAAUCUCCUCUUUUUUUUGGGCCAAAAAAAACAAAAACCAGUUCUAUUGGGUCCUCUGUGGUUGCUCUUUGUCCAUCUGUGGAUGAUUUGAAUUUGAGUUGGCAGAAACA